AGCUUAGUAGCCAUUGAGCCAGCAGGCAGGCAGGCAGAUAGAUCUGAAAUUUCAAUGAACAACCAACCAAGAUUGUUCAAUUCGGUGCUCUGUCUGCUGACAGCACUCCGGAUAUCCAAUGGCUUUAACAUAGGGGCCACCAAUAGCAUCAGCUACAUCCCGGGGAAUGGCAGUGUGGAGGUGCUGCCAGAGGUUCAUGGGAGCAAAUUCUUCUACUUUGGAUUCGGCAGCAAUAUGCUGGCCCAGCGGAUACACAUACAAAACCCCACAGCACAGAGGAUGGGGGCAGCCCUUCUCCCCGACUAUCGCUUGGACUUUGCACGUGAGGGACCACGCUGGAGGGGAGCUGUGGCCACAAUCGUACCAACGCCGGGCGAACACACGUGGGGCACUCUCUGGGAGAUCGAUGUCAGCAAUCUGGAUGACAUAGACAACCAGGAGGGCGUACAUCUAGGCGUCUAUGAGGCACUCACAGUGUACGUAAAGCUCCGGAAUGAGGAGUCUGCCACCCCGGCACGUGCCUACAUGCUGACCAAAAGCCACCAGCCGGAGACCAAUCUCUACCACAUGCUGCCCGAUCAAGUGCCCCAGGGGCGGCAGCCAUCAAAGACCUAUCUGCAGUGCCUGAUCAAGGGAGCCAUCGAGAGUUCCAUACCCGAAGAUUAUGUCAUUCGACUGCGCUCCAUCAAGCACAAUGGCAGGGUGGAGAGCAGUCUGGAAGAGAAGCUUGAACUGCAGGAUGUUGUGCUGCCAUAAGUGGGAUGGUAUGCAGGGAUAUAUUUACAUAUGGGCAUCCCUAUAGC